AUGGAUGAAACAAUGGAAAAAGAGAACAAUGUAACUAACAAUAUUAAAAUCGAAGAUAAUUAUAAGACCGAUGAUGAAUGCGAUGAGAUCGAUCAAAUACCAAUCACUACGACCACUACAAAAAACGCUUUGAUAACGACCAUGCUUGGCCCAUGCGAAGUGUAUCCCCAUCGGGUUAAAGUAUCCAUCGUAGGGGUUGGAAAGGUUGGAAUGGCAUGUGCAAUCGCUAUUCUCAUGAGGAAAAUGGCGAGCGAGAUCUGUUUGUUCGAUAAAGAUGGAAGUAAGGCUAACGCUGAGGCCGAGGACAUUCAACACGCUGGAAUCUUCCUUGGAAAUCCUUUGGUUACCGGUACUUCAGACGUAAGCAUGCUGCAAAAAUCAACCGUGGUUAUCAUAACAACUCCAGAAAAACGUUUCAACGAAGAACCAAACGUUAAAGAUAAUUUAGAGAUUUUCAGAAAGAUUAUACCACCAAUAGCUAAGUUCGUUUGCAAUGCAGUUUUAUUGAUAGUUACCGAGCCAGUCGAUGUAAUGUCUUACAUUGCCUAUAAAUUCUCCAAAUUUCCUCCAAAUCGUGUACUUGGCGUUGGUACACUUCUAGACAGUGCAAGAUUUAAAGAUUUAAUAAGCCAAAAAAUUGGAAUAGCACAGUCGUCUAUUAAUUGCAUGAGUAUUGGUGCGCAAGGAUCUAUGUCUGUUCCAAUAUGGUCGAGUAUCGAUGUGGCAGGUCUUAAAUUAAGAGAUAUAAAUCCUCGAAUGGGUGAGCCAGAUGAUCCAGAAAAAUGGUAUGAAGUUACAGAAGCAAUUCAUCAAAGUGAUAAAAUAUUGAACGAAAAGAAAGGUGAAAAGGGUCCAAAUUGUUGGGCUGUAGGUAUCUGUACAGCUGAGAUAGUCGAUGCUGUUAUCAGAAAUACAAAAAUCGUCUUACCAGUUUCCACUCAUAUACGUAAUUGCAGUCAUGGUAAGGAAAAAGAUGUUUAUAUGUCAGUACCCUGUGUGAUUGGCCGAGAAGGUGUUCAUUGUACAGUACGACAAAAAUUAACCGAUCAAGAAAAAUUAGAGGUACAAGCUUGUGCCGAUAGUAUUAGAAAUACAUUACGUGAAUGUGGUAUUUUACAAGAAAUCUAUGAAGAACUUGAGAAAUAA